UUCACAUUUAUUAUCAAAUAUGACCCUUACAGCAACACCUUAAUGUAGAUUCUCUUCUGGCCCAAGGAGAAAAUGGUGUUUCCAUUUCUGCCAAUGACAUCUGAACAGGAAGAAUAUAAGCCGCAAUAGAAGGAUUAACUUGGUAGCUCCAGGGGACGGAACCUCACGUUUAGAGCUCGGCUACUCUGUGCUAUCUCAUUUUUUAGAUCAUCAGCUGCGAUGGAUUCUCUUAGCCAACACCUGGAGGGUCUCAAACUCUUUGGAAACAAAGAUCAAGUUGAAGUUGAAGAGGAAAUCCUGGAGAGCCUAAACAUGGUGCUGCAAGCUGUGACUGGAGACCAACAACUCUCAGGGAACCUUCUCCAAGCCAGUGGGAUUUUCACGACAUUGGGUCAGAUUCUGACAAGUCAUCCACGAUGCGCAGUUCCUGCUGCACAAGUCCUGGCAGAACUGGCUAAGAAUGAGGAGUUAAAACAGCCCUGCAUUGAUGCUGGCCUGGUAUCUGCUCUGCUGCCUCAUCUGGAAAGCUCUGACCAAGAUCUGCUGCUCCACUCUGGGAGGGCCAUUGGGCGCAUCUGUUAUGGAAACAAGGAACUUCAGGAGGAAUUAGUCAAGGCUGGAGUGAUCUCCUUGCUGGUCAAGAUCCUAUGUGAUUUUCCAGAAAGUGAACCACUUGUGAGAGUGGAUCUGUUGGCCCUGUGUAAUUUGGCAGAGUUGGACACAGCUAAGGAAGCCCUCAGCAAGACCAAUGUGGCAGAGGAGCUGGUAAGGCAAUUAAGGAGGGCUGAGAAUCAGGAGAGAUUGGAGAUAGUCACUGAGAUCCUACAGCUUUUGGCAGAGAAUGAUUCCCUGAAAGUGCAGCUGGUAGAUGCAGAUGUUCAAAGUGCCCUCGUGGAGAUCCUGCAGAGGGUCCAGGACAGCCCAGAGGUUGAGGCUGCAGGCAUCACAAAGAGCAUCUCAGACCUUGUCAUCUCUCUACUCCUAGGAGAUGAGUCUAUGCAGAAACUGUUUGCUAAUGGAACCGGCCUCAUCUACCAGAGGAUCAGCAGCUGGCUUUUGUCCUCCAAUAUCCAGCUGCAGCUGACUGGCGCCCUAGCAGUCGCCAACUUUGCCAGAAAUGACAGCAACUGUGUGAAGAUGGUACAACUGGGUGUUGUACAUCAGCUCCUCGAUGUCCUGGAAAGGCACGUGGACAAUGGUGAUGUGACAGUACAGCAUGCAGCCCUGAGUGCCCUCCGUAACCUCGCCAUCCCUGUGAUCAACAAAGUGCAGAUGCUGGAAGAAGGUGUGGCCAAACGUAUCCAGAUGUUGCUGAGGUCUGAGAUGCCUCCAGUGCAGUUUAAACUCCUAGGAACACUCCGAAUGUUGAUUGAUGGCCAAGUGAAAGCCGCAGAAAGUCUUGGGCAGGACCCAGCUCUGUUGAACCGGCUAGUGCAGUGGUGUGAAGCCAAGGAAAAUGCAGGUGUCCAAGGAGAAGCCAAUCGCCUCCUAGCUUCACUGCUGAGACACAGCAAGUCCCAGGAAGUGGUUAGGGCCAUCCAGGAAGCCCAGGGAAUGAAGCACCUCGUUUCCAUGACAACCAGUGAGCACGCCAUCAUGCAGAAUGAAGCUCUGAUAGCACUGGCCAUUGCUUCAGCAAUUAAUUUAGAAAUCAUCAAAGAUGCAUUUAAAGAGUCCAAAUUGAUUCCAAAUUUACAGAAGCUUCUUGAAGAUGAUAUGACAAGCCCAGAGGUGAAGUACAAGUCCCUGGGCCUCUUAUGCAGCCUCCUGAGUUCAGGUGAUUUGAGAAAGCAAAUGGAGGAAGCCAAAGUCCAAGACACACUGGAGAGCCUCUGCAACCACAGCAACACCAACGUGGUCAAACAGGCCGUCACCGCAAUCCAGAUCCUGAAAAGAAACGCCCAGGACUCAGGUCUCUUUUUCCCCUAGGUGCUGGUGUUCCUGUUUCACCAAGACCAGCCUUCCUUGGGAGGUUGCUGUUUGCAAUAUAUAUUACACCUAUUCUUCUUGCCAUCUCUUCCCCACACUUGAGGGGGUAAUCCAGAGUAUCCCCAUCCCUGGAUGCCAAGCACAGCACACUCACAUUCUAAAUGGUAGUAGUACCCAGCAACAUUGUGGUCUUC